AUGUCCCAGUCGAUAGUACUCAUCGGAACUCUACUUGCAACCCUCGUCAUCUGGAAGCUUGUGCAGACAUGGCGACGACCCCCGUUUCCACCUGGCCCUAAAGGGCGUUAUCCGUUUAUGGGUAUGACUUUCGACAUGCCUAGCAAGAGGCCUUGGGAGACGUUUGGCGAAUGGGCGAAUCAUCAGCGACGCAAAAGUCUACCGGGAACUUAUCGGAAUGCGAUGGUUCGUCGGAUUUUUACAAACGUUCUCACAGCUAAGAAAUGCGAUGGAUAUGUACCCUAUCAAGAGCUCGAGUCCCUGGCCACCAUCCACAAUAUACUGCAUGAGCCGAAGGGUUACGCGCACGAACUUCAUCGCUACGCCUUAUCGGUUGCACGAACGGUAGCUUUCGGCAAGCGAGUGCCUACAUCCUCGAGCGAAUUUGCGACUGAGAUGCGCGACGUCAUGGAGAACUUCAGUAAGGCCAUGACACCCGGAAAAUAUCUUUUUGAAGCUAUACCCAUGUUGCGGAAGCUCCCUAGCUUCGCGCAGCCGUGGCUCAGGGAACUGGAGAAGUUUAAGAACCUUGAGCUUUCCUUCGCCCUGAAGUGUUACCGAGAUGCAGUACGCCAGGCCGAACUCCAUCCCAAUAGACCCUGUAUGGCACGUGAAGUCAAGGCGGAGAUGGAGAAAGCCCAAGAGGACGAUGAAGUUCAGGCCUCUAGUACCUGUAUGGAGAUUCUCGGGGCAGGGUCAGAGACAACCGCGACUGCCCUCCAUUUUACCAUUCUGGCCUUGGCCACGCAUCCAGAAGUGGUCGAGAAAGCCCACGAAGAGCUUGACCGUGUUAUAGGACAGGAUCGGUUCCCCACCUGGGCAGACGAGCCAAACUUGCCAUACAUCAGGGCUAUUAUUAAGGAAAAUCAGAGGUGGAGGUCCAUCUCGCCGAUGAGUUUUCCUCAUUACACAAGUAAGGACGAUGUGUACAACGGAUACUAUAUCCCAAAGAACUGCGUCGUCCGUGUGAACCAUUGGAUGAUGCAUUCAAACUAUGAACGGUACUCAAACCCGGAGAAGUUCGACCCAGAGCGCUUUAUCAAUCACACGCAAUCAGCCGCAGCUUCUGCUAACGCGGUGGACGCUUCCGAACGAGAUCACUUUUCCUAUGGUGGUGGAAAGCGCAUAUGCCCGGGCAUCCAUCUGGCUGAGCGAAGCCUAUUCAUGAUGACGAGCCGAAUGCUGCAGACAUUCAAGUUCGGGCGACCCCUAGACCCCAAGUCAGGGACGCCGCGGGAGCUGACAGCGGAAGACAUUGGCGUUAGUACGAGCCUGAUCAUGACACCUGGUUCUGAUUUCGACAUGUCUUUCGAGCCAAGGAGCAAGAAUAUAGGACAGCUGUUGGAGAGCGAGUGGCUUGAGAAGGUUGCACAUCAGGGUGAGAGCUGGAUGGACUGA